GUAGACUUGGCGCCCAACCGGGAGCUCGAACCGGUCAAACAGGAGGAGCUCCAGUCGAGUGCACCUACACACCAGCAGCUUCACCUUCCUCAGGUCCUACCGAGUCCUACUACCUACUGCAUAAGAUCCCAGUUCUUCAGUAACGUUUUGACCCUCUUACUAAGAGGUGCUCAUUUUUUUCUAUUUUUUUUUUUUCUAAGUACCCGACAAGUUUCGUCUAAUUUUACGUCAAGAAAGUGAAGUGAUUGUUGAACAAUUUUUUGGAUUUUUAAUAAAAAAUUUGUAUUUUUUUUAAAAGUGAUUAGAGUACUCAGAAAAUGAUGGAAACUGCUAAGAUGGAGCCUUUGACGCCGCCACACACUCCGCCGUCACUAAAUGUAAACCCGGGACUGGGUCGAUGGAUGGGCUCAAGAAUGGGACCAAUGCACCCAGGAGCGCAUCUUCCCGGAUUCCACGCGGCUUUUCUGGACCACUGGGUCCGCGGAGCUGCAUUGAUCGCGGCCCGGGGGUCCCCCUACGGAUUGCCAGCCCACCCUCCACACCCGGGACAGAUGAACCCUGGGCAACCCUUGCCUGGACCCCCGACCUCCUUCCUCGCGAGAAGACUCCCCGGUCAACGGCCCAAAAAGCAGUUUAUUUGUAAAUUUUGCAAUAGGCAGUUUACCAAAAGUUACAAUUUGUUGAUUCACGAAAGGACACACACUGACGAGAGACCCUAUUCCUGUGAUAUUUGUGGAAAGGCUUUUCGGAGACAGGAUCAUCUUAGGGAUCACCGAUACAUCCACAGUAAAGAGAAGCCGUUCAAAUGCACAGAAUGCGGAAAAGGAUUCUGCCAAAGCCGAACCCUGGCAGUCCACAAGAUUCUGCACCUGGAGGAGUCACCUCACAAGUGUCCAGUCUGUUCGCGGACCUUCAACCAGCGAAGUAACCUGAAAACGCACUUACUCACGCACACAGAAGUGCCCCAGGAUUUGAGGGUCGAUACUCAAACAAGCCAAUCGAUCCUGCCGAUAAGAACCGAGUCCAUGCUGAAGAAGCCCCCCAAACUUGGGUUUAGCAUCGAGGAUAUUAUGAGGCGCUAGAUAGCAGAUUAUCCUUGACAAGAAUAGUUAAUCUCUUGCGUACUUUUGUUUUAUAUUUUCUAUUCUCUGUUUUCUAUUGUUGAUUUUUUUCUAUCUUUCCUGUAAAUAUGUACCGUCUUAACUGGAAAGUAUUUAUAUAGUAAAGCUGAGGGUCCGGACCACCCAGUAGGGCCACUUGCGCCUUGCUAUGGCUCAGUACGGAUGUACUUAUCCAGUAAAACCUUUUAGUUGAUACGUUACCACUUAACUUAUUAAGGUAGAGGUGUAGUUUAAGGUGUAAAUACGAUUACUAUAACUGUUUAUAUCGAUGUUUUUAUGUUUAAGGUACCUUUCUCGCGUGGGAGGUGAGAGAGUGUCUAUGUGUAUAAAAGGUCUUAUGUUAAAAUGUCUUUCUUAUCGGUUAAUUGAGUAUUUAAAGAGUACCUUUUACUUCGUUACCAACGUUUGUUAAUUUUAAGAAAAAGUUGUACCAUUCUUCAGGAAUUUUUAUUCUCUCAAUUUUUAUUCAAUUGAAAAGAAAG